UGUUGAAUUCAACUUGAGUUUUAUCAUUUAUGUUGUGGGUGUCUCUGCAAAGCUUGUGCAGUCUCUGCUCUGUGUUUGUGUGUAGAUCGUGAUUUUUCAUUUCCUUUUUUUUUUUUUUUGAGGUGUAAAAUUUUACUUCUGCAGAGAUCUAAACAGUUGAGAAUAAACAUGGGAGUAAAUGCUUGAUACUAUUGCCAACUCAGUACCUCAUUGAUGAUGGCGCGCUAUCAAUAUGUUUAGCAUUUUAUGCAUCAAUAACUCUGUCUCUCUCUCUCUCUCUCUCUCCUAUAAUGUGGUUUUAUGGCUCAGUGAAAUUCGUUUCCCAUAUUUUUUUUGUAGUGUUUCCAACACUGUAGUUGAAUGUGUCAAAAUUUAAAUGAUUUGUGGUAUUAUGCUUUGUUGUAUUCUUGUAGAUUUAUUUUGCCUUUAGAAAAAAAUAUGAAAUAGUAAUUGCUUGUUCUUUAUCAUAAAGCAAUUUAAUAAAUAUGCAUCACAUUCUAUCUGCUUCACAAUCUGGAGAUUUAUAGUAACUUUACUGAAUUGUGGGUUACUUUGUUAUAAGUUCUUAUCCUUAAACUGUUCGACUUCUGGGGUGAAAAUAAAGGAAAAUAUUUGGAAAGUGAUAGACUGGCCUUUGAUGUUGGUAUCUUAUAUCUGAUCUGAUUGUUACUUCAUUUGUCUCUUUGCUUUUUACUAUUUUCACACUUUUUUUCCCUUUUAUUUUGGGUAUGGUUGGUGGGAGUGGAGGUUGUUUCUCUGGUUUUCCUUUGAAGGGAUAGUAUUGCUUCUCUCUUUCGUAGUUUGGUUGGCCGAUUCGACUCAAAAUAGACUACUAAUGGUUGCAGAGUCUUGAGUCAGUUGGGCCUUAGUUAGCUUCAUCUUCUUCGCUGCUGAGAUAAUACAAUAUGCAGACCACUAAAUCGAGACCUGGCUCUCUCGAUGUCCCUCCAAAGCCUUCUCCUGCCACGCCUCGCACAGCCCGGAAGCUCAAAACUCCGGGAUCAGAUCCCGAUUCAUUUUCAUCACCAAAGAGCAAAACACCUAAAGAUAAAAGUCCUAAAGUUGUUGGUCGGUCUCCACGAAGCCCAGCAAUAGAGAAAAAGAGAGCACCGAGCAGAGUGUCUGAAUUGGAGCCUCAGCUGGCUCAGCUCCAGGACGAGAUGAAGAAGGCGAAGGAGCAACUGAGUUCGUCUGAGUCAUGGAAGAGGAAGGCUCAGCAGGAGGCUGAGGAAGCUAAGAAGCAGCUUGCAGCCAUGUCAGCUAAGCUCGAAGAAACUGAGAACCAACUGAAGGAACUCUCCGACUCUGAGGAAGCUCGGCUGCAAGAGCUACGUAAGAUAUCUCAGGAUCGAGACAGAGUUUGGCAGUCAGAACUGGAGGCUGUGCAGAAGCAGCACUCGAUGGACUCUGCUGCACUGGCUUCUGCGCUAAACGAGAUGCAGAAGCUCAAGCUUCAGUUAGAUCGGGUAACUGAGUCUGAAGCUUCUCAAGCUAGGCAUGCUGAGUCGGCUCAUGCUGAGAUUCAGAGCCUGAGAAUCGAGCUCACAGAAACUCUUGAGUUGGUGGAGAAGCUCAAGAACCAGUUGAAUGAUUGCAGAGAAUCUGAAGCUCAGGCCAUGGAGGAAGUUGGCAAAGCUCAAAUGCUGCUGGAAGUUGUGAAAACUACUGAAGAAGCACUACGGUUGGAGCAAGCCAACGCCAGGGAAUCCUACAGCUUGUUGCUGGCUGAGCUGGAGCAGUCGAAGAAUGAAGCAAAUGCACUUGAGGAACUUGUCAGCAAACUCAGGGCUGAUCUUGGUAAAAGUGAAGGUGAUGUUAAGUCCAUGUGUGAAAAUGGUGAUGAACAUGAGCAGCCAGAGAUGUUGGAACACGAGGUUGAUAGUCUGAAACGCGAAUCAGAUGAGUUAAGGGACGCGCUUGAAGCUGCUGAAAGGAGGUAUCAAGAUCAGUACCUCCAGAGCACAUUGCAGAUUAGAGAUGCAUACGAGCUAGUGAAACACUCAAAAUCAGAGGCACUGCAGAGAGAAUCCGAAUUGGUGGAGAAGUUAAAAGAAUCCCGGGUUGAGAUUGAGGAGCUGACGGCAAAGCUGAUUGAAAAGGAAAAGGCAUUGCAAAGUGUUCCAUUUGACAACAACAACAGCAACAGCUCGCUAAAUCUUGAUGUGGACGAAAACCAUGUAGAAGUAGAGCUAAACAAGUUGGAAUCCGACCUAGAAGAUCUGAAAGCAAGCUUAUUGGAGAAGGAGACGCAGCUCCAAAGCAUCACAGAAGAAAACAAGAUGCUCAAAUCCGAAAUCUUGAAAAGGGAGAUGGAGAAAAACAAGGCAAACGACGAGGCCCUUGCUUCAACAGAGGCAGCAAGAGCUGCUGAAAGAGAGGCCCUGAUGAAGCUCGGAUACCUAACUGAAGAGGCCGAUAAAAGCUGCAGAAGAACCACGAGGGUCACUGAAGAGCUCGAUGCUGCUCAGGCUGCAAACUCUGAGAUGGAGGCUGAGUUGAGGAGGCUGAAGGUGCAGUCGGACCAGUGGAGGAAGGCGGCUGAGGCAGCUGCGGCGAUGCUCUCCACUGGAAACAACAACGGGAAGUACGUCGAAAGAACAGGAUCCUUGGACUACCACACAAUUGGCGGCAAGUUAGGCCUGCCUUACUCUGAAGAUACAGAUGAUGAGUCCCCCAAGAAGAAAAAUGGGAACAUGCUGAAGAAGAUUGGUGUGUUGUUGAAGAAAGGGCAGAAGUAGACGACAUAAACAAAGUUUUAAGGUUUCACUUCAUUUUCCUAAAUAAUCGAAUGCAGUUCUUGAUCUGAUCCAUUUGUGACUUGUUACAGGCAUAUUCUUGUCUGAAAUUUGCAGGAGAACUAAUGCAGACAGUUACUAGCAGUAAUCUUGUAUAGUUAUUAUGCGCAACUGUUAUGAGCUCUCUCUCCCCCCCAUUUUGUGUAACCUGCAAUUUGUGCUGGUUUUUGGAGGAAAUUUGUUGUAUGGUUUAUUAGUUAGUUGUUUGAGCUGUUGUAUUAUAUUAUUGGUUGGUUUAAGACCUCUUUAUCUUUGAAAUACAAGAUAUGUAUUCUAAUGUUUUGUUUUUA